AUGACGCCUAAACGGGUUCCGUACGAAACUGUUAUCUGUGGUGUUGAGGAGGCAAUAACGCGUAACAAGGUGCCGUCGUGUGACGCGGAUACGUUAAGACAGGAUGUUGCCGUUAUUCUAAGGAAAGCCAAACUGCCAAAGAGUAACAUCACCGCGGAGGAGCGAUCAGCCCUUGGGGAUCUGAGGAAAAAUGAGGACAUCCUGGUUCUUAAGGCUGACAAGGGGAACGCCACUGUAGUGAUGGACUCAACGGACUACGAUAGCAAGAUACGACACUUACUGGAUGACGGUCUCGUUUACAAGUCUGUGUCAUACAAUCCUACUGCCAGGGUCACUCGUCGCAUCAGGGCUGUUAUCAGAGACAACAGAGGAUUGUUCGAGGAAGAUGUCUUCAAUCGUUUGUACAAACCUAAGAUUGUACAACCACCUAAAUUGUACGGAUUGCCGAAGGUACAUAAAACGAACGUGCCUUUGCGGCCUAUCGUAAGUCAAAUCUCAUCUCCUACUUACGAUCUUGCGAAGCAUGUUGCGUCGGUAUUGCAACCGCUUGUAGGUGGGACGCCAUCUUUUGUGAAGGAUUCUCGUCACUUUAUAGACAUUCUCAAGGGUAUAACGCUGGAACCGGACGACAUCAUGGUGAGUUUCGACGUUGAGUCGCUCUUUACCAAUGUUCCCGUAAAGGAGUGCCUUGAAGUGGUCAGAGGGAAACUGAGCGAUGGUGGAAUAUCGGAGUCGGUCAUGGUGUUGCUGAGAAACUGCUUAGAAGGUAGCUAUUUUUUGUAUAAUGGGAAGCAUUACCUCCAGAUCGAUGGUGUGGCCAUGGGUAGCCCUGUAGCACCGGUUUUGGCAAAUAUCUGGAUGGAGCAUAUCGAAGCCAGUAUAGACCUGCAGCCAUGGGCAGUAAAGUUGUGGAAGAGAUAUGUUGAUGAUGUUUUCUGUGUUAUGAAAGGUGGAAAGCAGGAAGUGGAGCAACUACUCCAAUAUUUGAAUUCAAUUCAUCCUAAGAUAAGAUUCACGUAUGAAUUAGAAUCACAGCGCAGUUUGCCUUUUCUGGAUGUCAAAGUGAUUGGUCGAGUCGACGGAACCCUGACGCAUACUGUAUACAGGAAGCCAACUCACACGGAUAGAUUGGAUUGCACCUGA